AUGAUGUUUUUCAUCCCAACGCUCACUUCCUCCUCCUCUUCCUCCCCCUCUUCCUCUCCUACUUCCUCUCCCUCUCCCACUCCCUCAGGCUCUCCCACUUCCUCUCCCUCCCCUGACGGAAACACCAGCUUAGCCGCGCUCACCAUUGGAAUCAGCAUGAUAAUCUUCGCAUGCAUCCUCAUAUACAUUCUCUUCCUAAACAUUAGAAGAUGUAGACAUAGGCGCGGACGCGUCAUGCUCGAGGAGGAUAUUGAGGCUGAAGGUGUAAACCGAAGACACGUCGGAAGAUUCCGGCGAUAUAUGAAUUCAUUCAUGGCAGCGGGAGCAGCGGAGGGAGCGCAGGAUCAAUCUCCGGACGGAAGUGGCAGUGGCAGUGGCAGCGAAGAAGAAGGACAACAAUCCGCAGAGACGGAAACUGAGGGUGCGAAUGGAGAUGGAGGAGAACAAGAACAAGAACAGGGACAGGAAUGGGAAAGCAACGACGGUAGCGACGAUGGCGGGGCUAGCGAUGGCACCGACCUCAGAUACGGUAACGGCCGGCGAUAUGAUCAUGGACACUACCAUGAUAGUCUCUGGGUACUGGUCAAUGUGAAUAUACAUUCACCUACCGACUGGAGACAAAGAAUUGCGGUGUUGGAUGAGGUAGAGAGGGCUAGGAUGCGGGAGCGAGAGCUGUCGGGGGAAGCUCAUUCUCCUGGAGAUUUCUGGCUUUAG